AUGGAUUCGAGAUCUAUUAGUAAACUAAUGGUAGAAAGCACAUGUGACGAUGAUGCCACAAAAAGCAGCAGCUGCUUAGAGCCUGCAACUCCAACAAAAUCAACCGAAAAGAUGGAAAUAGAGUCUAAAAAGUCAAACCGGAAAUGUUUAGGCGAUAAAAUAGAGACUGAAGAUACAUUUGAUCCAGAAAAGAGUUUAUCGGGUCAAGGAACUUCAAAAAACAGUUCGGUAUCUGGUAAAUUAAGUGACGGAGUUAGCAGCAUUACAAUAACAAGUGGGAGUAGUAAAAUGAAUGAAAGGAUGGAUCUUGUUGAGAGUGGGAAGAGCAGUAUGUGUAGAGGAAGCACAAGUACGGAUGUAAGUGAUGAAAGCAGUUGUAGUGGUUUAAGCAGCAGUGUGAGCAAACCGCAUAAAUCAAACGAUUCAAGAUGGGAAGCGAUCCAGGCCGUUAGAUCAAAAGAUGGGGUUUUGGGUCUGAGCCAUUUUAGAUUGUUGAAGAGAUUGGGGUGUGGUGAUAUUGGGAGUGUUUAUCUCUCUGAACUCAGUGGUACCAAAUCUUAUUUUGCCAUGAAGGUUAUGGAUAAAGUCUCCCUUGAAAGCCGUAAGAAAUUGUUACGCGCACAGACAGAAAGGGAGAUUCUACAGUCUCUGGAUCACCCCUUUCUUCCAACUCUCUAUACUCAUUUUGAGACCGAUAAAUUCUCUUGUUUGGUUAUGGAGUUUUGUCCAGGUGGCGAUUUGCACACUCUCAGACAAAGGCAACCCGGGAAGCGAUUUUGCGAACAGGCUGUAAAGUUUUAUGUUGCGGAAAUACUCCUUGCUAUGGAGUACCUACACAUGCUGGGGAUAAUCUACCGGGACUUGAAGCCGGAAAAUGUUCUGGUGAGGGAAGACGGACACAUAAUGCUUUCCGAUUUUGACCUUUCCCUUCGAUGCUCCGUGAGCCCGACACUUGUGAAAUCGGCGUCUUUAGACAACGAACCCCUCGGAAGGAACUCAGGUUAUUGUGUUCAGCCCGCAUGUAUCGAGCCCACUUCUUGUAUCCAACCCUCCUGUGUGGUCCCCACGUCGUGUUUCUCGCCCAGACUUUUUAUGAGCAAGUCCAAGAAGAAAUCAUCAAAGGCCAAACCGGAGAUCAGACACCAGGUGACACCGCUACCGGAGCUGAUGGCGGAGCCCACGGGGGCCCGGUCGAUGUCGUUUGUGGGGACCCACGAGUAUUUGGCUCCUGAGAUCAUUAAAAACGAAGGGCAUGGGAGUGCGGUUGACUGGUGGACGCUUGGGAUCUUCUUGUACGAGCUUCUGUUUGGGAAGACUCCGUUUAAAGGCUCUGGGAACCGAGCCACUUUGAUGAAUGUGGUGGGUCAGCCGUUGAGGUUUCCGGAGUCACCCGUGGUUAGUUUUUCUGCUCGGGAUUUAAUCAGAGGUUUGUUGGUGAAAGAACCACAACACAGAUUGGCUUAUAAAAGGGGAGCCACGGAGAUCAAACAACAUCCCUUCUUUGAAGGUGUUAAUUGGGCCUUGAUUCGCUGUGCCAGUCCACCCGAGAUUCCCAGACCGCUUGAGAUUCCUUCGCCCCCGGUGGCAGCCGAGAAAAAGGUUGCUACCAAUACCAUUGCGGUUGCACCCGAGAAAAAGGGGUCGGAUAAUUAUCUUGAGUUUGAUUUCUUUUGA